CUGUGCUGCAUCGUAUGAUGUCAGUGGCCAUAGCUGAGUUGACUGGUGGCGAAUCAGAUAACUUUCUCUUCUCUUCUACUAUCUUUGUCUUUCGAUGGGAUUCGGUCUAAUUAUCUAUCUAUUCUAUAGAUUGUGUUGUGGUUAUGGUAGGAUGUAUGUAGAUAUAGAGAGAGGAAUACAUUAUAUUGUGUACUACUGUGAUUGUUGUUGUAUAUAUCCGAAUAAUCCCUUCUUUAGUUGCCUUGCUGGAAAUGAAAAUCAGAAGAAAAGAAAAACAUCAUGUGGGAAAAGAAUAAUGAAAUGCUAUACACCAUUUAAUAAACAAAGGAAAAAAACAGUCCAUCCAAUCCAGACUGACAAGCAACAAGAUAUUUUGUGGGAAUCACAUAUUCGACCCAGGCCAUUCCAUUCCACUCCACUCCACCACAGGCCAAAUCCAUACAGUCACAUCGGAACUCAUCUCAUCUCCAUUGUAUCAUUCUGCUUUGCUCUUCUCUCCAGCACUCUUAAUCGGGAAUCAAUCAUGGUAUCUGUAUCCGUAUCCGUAUCCAUUUUUGCUCCGUAUAUUUUUGGUUUUUUCAGAAUUUUCACUCGUUCGUAAAAGCUAGAGAAAAGACUUAAGCAGUUGCGCUGCUGGUCUUCUCAACCUCCACCUGCACUUCCGGGAUAGAAGCACCCGUGCCGGACAAAUCGGUCUUCACG